UUCAUUUUUUUUAAUUGAAUCCUCUUUAAUAAAACUAUUGUUUCUUAUUUGUAAAAAAAGAGCAAAGGUUAAAGUAAAAGGAGAAAUUGAUGGUAAGAACGCACUCUGCCUACUGUAAUAUCGGUAGCAGCUGCUUUUCCGCUGUUACUAUCCUCUCGAAAAUGUUUUUGUAUGCGAGUGUGUGUGCAUGUAUGUUACAGUCAUACCUGGUCGCUCCCCGAGACUCAGAAUUCAGAAUCAACCGCUUCUUGCCGAUUCAGUGCAUCCAGAGCCACGCGGCUCGAUGGUGAAUAGAUUAAGUGGAAAAAUUCUCAACUAUGCGAUCUGGAAAAUUUGGCAAGUGUGAUUUUUACUAGUGCAGUGCAUAAUUAUUUUUUUUUUUUUUUUUUAAUUACCAAAUUAAUUAGUAGCGGAAAUUAAGUGGAUGGAAUAAACCGUCAGGUGGUUAUACAUAUAUACAUAAUCCAGGAUAUAAAAGAAUCAUGCGAGACACUAGUGACAUGAUGGAAGACGCCAUGUCAGAGGACACGAUGAUGGAUUGUGGAGGUGAUGGUGGCGUCAGCGAUCUCAGUGAUUUAACGACAGAUAUUUCAGAUACUUCGGAAAAUAUUCGUGUGGCGGCAGAACGGCUUCUGAAUCUUCUGGGAGUCGAGGAUGAAGACGAUGAUUUUCUGUCAUCCGAGGACGAAGGAGUCGAGCUGGACAUCGACGACGAGGACGACGACGUGAUAUUUUCCGACGACGAAAACAACCGACUGCUCCAACAACUGGCAAAUUCUCUCGCUGAAGAACUUAAAGCUAGUUCGCAUCGGCAAUCUUCACCUUCAGCUUCUUCUCUAGCUCCUCCAGCUUCAUCAGCGACUCGAAAACACCAAAGCUACCACGCGGACUUGGAAGACCUGGAGCUGGACUAUCGGUCCCACAAAAGGCUCAAAGUAGACAAUGUCCAAAAUUCUAGUCCCGUGUGUUCGUGGAACACCGGGUGGGACGCCUGUGCUACCGAAGCUGUGAGAUAUUUAAUGGAAGAAGAGGGUCUUGCUGGUCAUCAUCCAACUGUCCUGGCGCUCAAAAAUCACCUGGCGUUACAACGGAAUUUAUCAGCGUACAAAACUUAGUAACAUUUCAUAUAGUUCAUUAUUUGUAUUUAUCUCUUUUCAUCUACUUCUUUUUUUCAUUUUCAUUAUUAUUGAUUAUAAUAAUAAUUAAUAAUUUAUAACAGUGAUUGAUUAUUAGCGAAAUUGUAUACUUAAUAUUAUUGAUUCAAUGAUAAGUUGAUUGACAGAUUUGUGAUGUAAUGAUAGUGAUUAAUUUUUAUGGUCAUGUGAUUAUUCGAAAAAUUUUAUUAAGAAAAAAAAAUCUGCCCGGGACUCGAUCUUAGGUUCUCCAAGCUAUUGACCGAGCACUUCAUCCCUCAGCCAAGUCAAAUUUUUGGACUCCCUCCAAAUUAAACGGGAAAAAUUCUAAAAUACUCAGAUCGACUCCCCGAAUUCAGAAAAAGUGUUAUCAAAUAAAAAUUUUCAAAAAUUUCUAUAAUUCUUGAUCAAAAUAAAAUUUUCUAAUGAUCAUACUGCCGUAUUACUAUCACGAUGUACUGAUUUUUCUUACGUUUAUAAUUAGGCUAUUUAAUUAAGUAUUUUAAAUAUCGAUCAAAUACCCGAAUGUGUAUUGCAUUUACUAAUUUAAUUUGAUAAUAAAUAACCUGCUUAGUAUUUAAAAAUCAAGAGUUCAAGCAGGUCUUGUUAGUCUCACAGUUACACGGAAAUAAGUACUCGGAGUACUAAUUAUAAUCAUAAUAAUAAGCGUUCAAACAAGUGAUUACUUUUAAAAUUCUGGACUCUAAUUUUACUUUUAAGAAUCUUUUAAAUAAAUUUA